UGCGCACCAGCUCCUCUCCUCUCUCCGCUGCCUCUCCUUUGACUGGCCGCCAGUGACCUCCCAGUCUCCGCAGCAUUGCACAAAGUGGACUGGGCGACAAGGCGAAGACGACACGGGGGGAGAAAUGGCCGGGAUUUUCGGGAAGAUAUUCGUGGGCAUUUACGUGGAAAUAAAGCGAAGCGACGGGCGAAUACACCAGGCCAUGGUCACGUCCUUACAUGAAGACAAUGAGAGCGUGACGGUGGAGUGGAUCGAGAACGGGGACACCAAGGGGAAGGAGAUCGACCUGGAGAGCAUCUUCACUUUGAAUCCGGAUGUCGUUCCUGAUGAAGAAAUACCUCAGAGUCCCGAAGCUCCUCUUCCUCCGUCUAGCAUCAAUAAAACCAGCAAAGUCCCCAAGACCCGACGGAUCACAGCGAUACCUAAACCUGAAAAUGCUCCACGGGAGAACAGAGCUGCAGCCGUGGGAACGACCCGGGCCCGUCCCAGCCAGCACAGCCAGGCUGCAGAACCCCCUCCACCCUCCAUCACCCCCCAGCCUGCAGUGAAGGAGACUCUGAUGCAGCAGCAGAACGCACGAAGGAAAUCCAACUGUGUGAAGGAAGUGGAGAAACUGCAGGAGCAGCGAGAGAAGAGACGUCUGCAGCAGCAAGAGCUCAGAGAGAAGAGGGCGCAGGAGGUCGAUGUCAAUCUACCCAACUAUGAGAUCAUGUGCAUGAUCAGAGACUUCAGGGCCAGCCUGGACUACAGACCUUUGACCUCCAAUGAUGCUAUUGAGGAGCACAGGAUCUGUGUGUGUGUUCGCGCUCGUCCCCUAAAUAAAAAAGAGUUAUCAGUGAAGGAUCUGGAUGUGAUCACCAUUCCCAGUAAGGACGUGGUGAUGGUCCACGAGCCGAAACAGAAAGUGGACCUGACCCGCUUCCUGGAGAACCAGACGUUCCGAUUCGACUAUGCCUUCGACAAGAGUUCCACCAAUGAAAUGGUUUACAGGUUUACGGCCCAGCCGCUGGUAGAGACCAUUUUUGAGAGAGGGAUGGCCACCUGCUUCGCCUACGGACAAACAGGAAGUGGAAAAACACACACAAUGGGAGGAGAUUUUUCUGGGAAGAACCAGGACUGCUCAAAGGGCAUCUACGCUCUGUCGGCCAGAGAUGUUUUUCUCAUGUGGAAGAAACCUGUUUAUAAGAAGUUGGAUCUGCAAGUUUUUGCCACAUUUUUUGAGAUUUACAGCGGAAAGGUGUUCGACCUGCUAAACCGCAAAGCCAAGCUGCGGGUCCUGGAGGACGGGAAACAGCAGGUGCAGGUGGUCGGGCUGCAGGAGAGGGAGGUGAAAUGCACCGAGGACGUCCUCAAGCUCAUCGAAAUGGGAAACAGCUGCAGGACUUCGGGUCAGACCUCAGCGAACGCUCACUCCUCUCGGAGCCACGCCGUGUUCCAGAUCAUCCUGCGGCGGCGGGGGAAGAUGCACGGGAAGUUCUCGCUCAUUGACCUGGCGGGGAACGAGAGAGGGGCGGACACGUCCAGCGCCGACCGGCAGACCCGACUGGAAGGAGCCGAGAUCAACAAGAGCCUGCUGGCACUGAAGGAAUGCAUCCGAGCCCUCGGCAGAAAUAAACCUCACACUCCCUUCCGGGCCAGCAAGCUGACCCAAGUCCUCAGAGACUCCUUCAUCGGAGAAAAUUCAAGAACAUGCAUGAUAGCAACCAUUUCUCCUGGGAUGGCCUCCUGUGAAAACACAUUAAAUACUCUGAGAUAUGCCAACAGGGUGAAGGAGUUUGGCAUCAGUCCGUCAGACAUUCCCUUCUCUCAGAGCGGAGGCGGCCGCUCGGAGCUCUCACCCACUUAUGAGAUGAAGCAGCUGACGGUGGACCCUGCAGCAGCUCUGGACUGCCACCAGGAGGGGCGCAUCACCCAGCUGGAGGUCCUGGAGGCCCAGUGGGGGGUCGGCAGCUCCCCGCAGAGAGACGACCUCAAGCUGCUCUGCGAACAGAACGAGGAAGAGGUUUCUCCACAGCUCUUCACCUUCCAUGAAGUCGUGUCUCAGCUGGUGGAGAUGGAGGAGCAGGUGCUGGAGGACCACCGGGCCGUGUUCCAGGAGUCGAUCCGCUGGCUGGAAGACGAGAAGGUUCUUCUGGAGAUGACGGAGGAGGUGGACUACGACGUCGAGUCUUAUGCAACCCAGCUGGAGCAAAUCCUGGACCAGAAGAUCGACAUUCUGACCGAGCUGAGGGAUAAAGUCAAGUCUUUCCGCUGUGCUCUCCAAGAAGAAGAACAAGCUAGUAAACAGAUAACCCCCAAGAGGCCUCGAGCGCUCUGAAGCAGCCAUGAUGAGAUCGCUGCACACACAGGAACAGACAAACUGAGAAACUUUUUGACCCCUCUGCUGGUCAUGCAUUUCAUUCCCCCUCAUUCAUCCGUCCUGUUAAACCAAAGAGCAGACGUGCUCUUCCAUCCCCACCGUUCAGUGUUUCGACAAGGUUUGUAUGGAAGGCCGAUUUGGAAUUAAUGCGCGCGCUUUCCAGCGUCGCCUGGCAUCUAAUAAACGGCAUCAAAUGUGGAACCUGCUGUUUAUUUAGCGCCACUUCCUGUUUAACAUCUGGUUGUCAAAAAAGUACAACACAUCAUAGUGUUUAUUAUUCACCUGGUGAUGCUUGGCAACGGUUAAUUAGUAACUCCGCCGUCUGGUGUUGAUAUCCAAAGAAGAUGUCUGAACCUUCAGCGACGCAUGAAAACAAUUACAAAGCCAGCCUUCUGUCACCUGUAGAGGGCGCUGAUGGAAGGUCCUGUAGGAAGCAAAAUCAGACAUUACUAAUCGAGCCCUGAUAUUCACUAGUUUUGAGACAGACAGACAGAUAGAUUUUAAAAGUUUACAGGAAGGUUUGGAUCUCUUGAAAGAAAAUUCAAAUUCAAAAAUUAUGCAUUUCUUUGCACAUUUCUCCACAGGGUUUUAUCAUUCUUGCUGUUGCCUGUAAAGAUCAGACUUUCAAAAUAAAGUCUCAAUUUGCUGCCAGAAAAUUGACCUUUUUCCUGCACUAUAUAUGUUAAUAGUCCAAUCAAAACUUUAUUGCUUUGGCUGACACGUUGCUAUUGACUGAACAGAAUAAACUAAAAUAACCCAAAGCGUUGCAAUCUAAUGCUCCAGUUCAGCAUUAAGGGUGAACAUGUGUUAAAUGUCACACAUGUUGACACUUUAAAGGGCAAAGUUUUUUCCAUACACUGUAUUUCCUUCAUUGCAUGGGCACAAAUAGUGACAGCAGUUCAAAUUUAAAUCUAUGUCAGUAAAGCAUAUUGGAAUUUUAUGGCUUUUACAGUAGUACUAGAUGCUUGCUAAUGGGGUUUUAGCCUUUAUUUUAAGGAAACUCAAUGUUUCAGUAGUUUUUCAGUUUUCUGGAAGUUUGUUCCAAAUUUGUGGGUGCAUAGAAACUGAAUGCUGCUCCUCCAUGUUGGUUCUGACUCUGGGGACACAAAGUAAUUCUUGUUGUGACAUUAGUCCUCUAAUCCUGGAAAUGUUCUUCAUCUGACAGAAGGCCGACUUUGUAACUGUCUUUAUGUGACUCUGAAUGUUCAGGUCCAUCACUACAUCAGCUGUCAUAGAUGGAGCUGUGUGCUGACUCUUGAUGCUUCCUCUUUAGGUCCAAAAAUAAUUAUUUCAGUUUGGUCUCUGUUCAGGUGAAGACGUUUAUGACACAUCCAUUCAUUGAUUUGUUCCAUGCCUCUGCACAGUGCUUAAAUGAGCUCAUAAUAACCAAGUGACAUUGUAAUGUAGAGCUGUGUAUCAUCUGCAUAGCUAUGGCAAUUAAUCGUAUUACUAAAUUCUGAUGUUGCAGGAGCCUGUAGAUAUUAAAUGGAAGGUCACAUGCGCUACCCCACAUGUGACUUCUGUCCACUCUGACGAAAAGUUAUCUACAGACUCAUUAGUCUGUAAAUUAAUUGUGAUGAAUUUCUGCUUACAGCUAAUUUCAUACACAUUUAAGAUUAGAAUAUUACAUCAGAACGACAAAUUUAAAAAGUGUGCUUAAAAGCUGCUUUAAAUAAUUUUUAAGCAGCCUCAUUGAAUCACAUAAUCUUAUUUAUUAAUAUGCCUAUAUAAAGGAAACAAUAAACUUUAUGUAGAAAUUAAUAUGGCACAGAUUUUCUGUCUGCUGUAAAACUAUUGUAGAUCAGUGCUCGAUUUAAAAGGUCUGAUUUAGCUCCAGGGGGCGGAGUUACAAAUUAAUCGCCAUUUGGUGUUUGUUUAGCGUCACUGGCUGCGAUAUACUUUUUGAACGCAAGGUGGCGCCUAUUGGUCAUUUAUAAACGGCAAGUUUCCCUCUUUAUCCCGGUUAUUUGACGACCCUGUGUCGCUGGGAAGCGGCUAAUUAAUUCCAAUUCGGCCCUCCAUAAGAUUUGUGUGCAUACGUCACAAAUGCUACGUUCAAGAGCAAUUAAAUGUGAAUACGUUUUUCCUUUUGAGAGAAUUUUUUAUAUGGUCAAUCAUAGCUUAUCUUUACUACUAUUACUGUCAAGCUGUUUGUUUUGGGCCAAUUUUAUAAACCGCGUUUUGCCAUGUUGUGCAAUAUGUGGAGGAUUUCCUUCCUGCUCUCCCCCUCAUCUCAGCGUGGAAAAGGAACCGCUGUCUUUGUCUUUACACGGUGUGUAAACAGGUUUGACUGAAACUAAACUGACCUUAACUACCGGUAAGCUAAAGGGGGCGCUGUAAUCAAAGACGCUACCUGCAGGACAUUUCUGAAAACAAGUUUUUCUUUUGCCAAAAAUAAUAAUAAAAAAAAGACUUCUUCUU